CUACAAACACAUUCAGAAUAGAACCAACGUUUUAUUAAAAACAAUUUCAAAACCACAACAUAAUUUAUUAAUUAUAAAUACAAAAAAAAAAAAUGAAUUUCAAUAAAGUAUUUAUAUUUGUUGCUUUGAUUUUGGCUGUUUUUGCUGGACAAAGUCAAGCGGGUUGGUUGAAAAAAAUUGGCAAGAAAAUUGAACGUGUUGGUCAACAUACCCGUGAUGCCACUAUACAAGUUUUGGGUGUAGCCCAACAGGCGGCAAAUGUGGCUGCCACAGCCCGAGGUUAAAAUUUGGAUUAACUGAGAGUAUUAUAUAUUAAAAUUUUGACCAAAUUUUUUAUAUUGAGAUUAUAGUAUAGUUUAAAUUAUAACUGCCAUAUUUAGAUGUUAAAUUAUUUAUUGGAAUAAAAACUUUUUUAAGUAAAAUAUAUA